AUCCUCAGUGGCAAUUUUUGUUUGAACUAAUUAAUGAUUAAUGGGGGUGCUCUGCGUAAUGCUGUUCAAUGGCACUGAAGAGAAGAAGGAGCAGACAAGACUAGAUGGAUGCAUCAAGAUCUUUUUCGUAGCAAUAAACAGCUAAAAGGAAAAUGAAGCCCACCUUCUCCUUGUGUUUAUUGCUGGCUGCUUUGUAUACUGUUGCCCAGUGUUAUCAGCGCCCUCGCUACCGCAGUAAGCAGGAUGAUGCUAAAGGGACAUAUUAUCCAGGACAUAGUUCUCAGUGGGAAGGAGCUUAUCCAGUUAAGAACAAAACAUUUGUCAAACUAAUUUUCAGCAAUACUGACUUUGCAUUUUCAUUUUACAAGCUGGUCGCAUCCGAAGCAAUGGAUCAAAAUAUUUUCUUUUCACCCAUAAGCAUCUCUGCUUCCUUUGCAAUGCUGGCACUCGGUGCCAAUUCAGUGACACUGACGCAGAUUCUGGAAGGGCUUGCCUUUAACCUGAAAAAGACUCAGGAGCUGGAAAUACAUGACAAUUUUUGCCAACUCCUCCACAUGCUGAACCGUUCAGACAGUGAGUUCCAGCUGAGCCUGGGAAAUGCCCUUUUUAUAGAAGAGACUCUAAAACCAGUACAGAAGUUCUUGGAUGACGUCAAACGCUUUUAUGAAUCUGAAGUCUUUUCUUCUGACUUUAACAACUCUGCUGGCGCUGAGAAUCAGAUCAACAGUUAUAUUGAGGAAAAGACAAAUGGGAAAAUUGUUAAGCUAGUGGAAAAUCUUGAUCCUCUCACUGCAAUGGUUCUCGUUAACUAUGUCUUCUUUAGAGCUCAUUGGGAGAAACCCUUCAGUACAUUAUAUACAAGACAGGAGGAUUUUUUUGUGGAUCAGAAAACAUCUGUAAAAGUUGACAUGAUGUAUCGAAAGGGUCACUACAGAAAUUACUUUGAUGAAGAGCUGUCCUGUUGGCUGGUUCAGAUAUCUUACAAAGGAGAUGUUGCGGCAUUAUUUGUUUUGCCUGACGAAGGGAAGAUGAAGCAGGUGGAAGAUGCUCUCUUGAAAAAGACUGUAUCUAAAUGGGAAAAGUUCCUCCAAGACAGAAAAAUACAUCUGCACAUUCCAAAAUUUUCUAUAUCUGGUACCUAUGAUGUGAAAAGGAUAGUCAAACAAAUGGGUAUGAUCGAUCUGUUCACUGACCAAGCUGAUCUGUCUGGAAUUACUGAGGAGCCUGGACUGAAGGUUUCAAAAGUGAUUCACAAAGCUGUGCUGAAUGUUCAUGAGAAUGGCACUGAAGCAACAGGGGUCACAGUGAAGGAGGUUACCUGGAGAUCUGGUGAUUUUCCUCGUCCGCCUCGAGUCAGAUUCAACAGGCCCUUUCUCCUGGUGAUUCUGGAUAAAUUCACCCACACUGUCCUCUUCAUUGGGAAAAUUGUAAACCCUCAGAAAAAUGACUGAUUGACAAGACUUCAGCACAUCGCUGGCUAAAUUCCUGUGAUCCCGUGAAACACUUAUGUAUGCAUACCACUACGUAGUAGUGCUCAUCUUUCAACCAUUACCCUUAUAAACAUAAUCACCCCUUAAAACAUAAAAACAAUUUUUCCUUGUCCAAAAGUCACUAGUAUUUUCCCAGCCUACAGCUGAGUAUAGCUUGUAGUGUUAAUGAAAUACAAGUCACUUUUCACUUGUAGGAUGUCUUUUCUGACAUGCUCCUGUAGGAUAUUCAGAUUUUUCAAAGUCUCCAGAUGAUGUAGCUGUUGCUGUACAAUCACAGUUUGUGCCUCUGAGAGGAGAAGGGAAAGAGGGAAAAGAAGGUACAAGGUGUAAGACCUGUCUGUUUAAUCCACUAACCUUUGAUGAUUAUUCUUAAAUAUAGGUCCCCUUAAUAUCGGA